AUGCAACUAAUUCGCGCGCAGCAUCACACUACACAAGUCCACGUAGAGAUUCUUCUUGGGUACAUAUCCUGCUCAUUUACUAGAAUAGCUUUCAGUAUCGAAGUGUCCGAGUCCGAUUUCAUCAUUUUUCCAGGGCACGAGUUUCUAGGUGAUCAAAUUGUGAUCUUUUACGAAUACAACUUCGGAUAUUUCCCGUAUUAUGCCGACUAUAAUCCGGACACGCCGAUAAACGGUGGUUUACCUCAGGUUCUAGUCAGCUAUCAUAAAUCCACAACCUCAAACGUUUCUGCGGCAAGUUCACCCAACAGAAACUGUCCUCUCGACAAGCAUCUCGCUCGAGUAUCAAAGCAGAUUCGUGAGGCAAUUCCACGAGAGGACUUCAACGGUAUUGCUGUCAUCGAUUUCGAGGAAUGGCGACCGUUGUAUCAGAUGAAUUGGGGCAAAAAAGCGGUUUAUAGGAGGGAAUCUCUCCGCCGUGUUCGACAGCAGUAUCCUUUCAUUUCUGAGAAGUCAGCCGAAGAAAUAGCGAGAAAGGAGUUCAACAUGGCUGCUAAGAAGAUCUUUCUUUUGACGAUUGGCCUGGCACGACAUCUGAGGCCAUACGCUCGGUGGGGUUUCUACGGAUUCCCGUACUGCAAUUACGACGCUGGCAUGUCCGAAUCCGAUAUGAUGUGCAGCGAGAAAUUUCGACGAUUCAAUGAUGAGUGCGUUCUGAUUUCGAAUACGCUCAGAUAG